AUGGAGCAAGACAACGAUGUCAGCAAAGCUACCUUGGAGCAUAACUCGCAAUGCGAGGAGGUCGAGCUCAAGGCGAUGAAACAGCCUGUAAAGGGUGACCGCGCUGCUGAGCUCAUUGGCGACCUACAAAUUGAACUCACCGAAGAGGACAACAAGCGGAUUCUCCGAAAGACGGAUCGUACAAUUCUCGUGGUACUGGUCUGGGUAUACUUUCUCCAGAUUCUCGACAAAUCGGUGCUGGGCUAUGGAGCCAUCUUUGGUCUUCGGACCGAUACAAACCUGACAGGUAACCAAUACUCGAUGGUCAGCUCUAUUUCAGCAAUUGCCCAGUUAGCAUGGCAACCAUUUUCUUCCUAUCUCAUCGUGCGGGUACCACACCGCUACCUCAUGUGCAUCCUUUGCUUUGGCUGGGGUGUUGCUCAGGUAUGCAUGGCGGCUGCUACCAACUAUAGUGGACUGCUUGCUGCUCGUUUCUUCCUUGGCUUGUUCGAGGCAGGCUGUCUGCCUCUUUUCUCCGUUAUCACGGCUCAGUGGUACCGUCGCGCUGAGCAGCCUCUUCGCAUUGCCUGCUGGUAUGGCACCAAUGGUUUGGCCAGCAUGUUUGCUGCUGCCAUGUCAUACGGUUUGGGCCAAAUCAAGAGCAAUGCUCUACAUUCAUGGCAGAUCCAGUUCAUCUUUGUUGGAUUACUCACAGUCUUUUCCGUUCCCCUGAUCUGGUUCCUUCUUGACAACGACAUACCGUCGGCCCGCUUUCUCAAUGAUCACGAGAAACUGCAAGCCAUUGAACGUCUUCGUGCAAAUCAGACUGGUACCGGUUCACGAAACUUCAAAUGGAAGCAGAUUAAAGAGGUGCUUCUCGAGCCCAAGACUUGGCUGUACGUUGCCAUGGGAGUCUGUCUAAAUACCACUUCUGCGGUCACCAACACCUUCGGCCCUAUUGUGGUUUCGGGCUUUGGAUUUACCGGAGCCAUCGCAUCUCUGCUGAACAUUCCCUUCGGGUUUGUCCAGCUCAUCGUCAUUCUCCCUACCGCUUGGCUUGCCUACCGACUCCGCCUCAAGUCUCCUGUCCUCGUCACGCUCAUGCUGCCAGUCCUAGCAGGUGCCGUUAUGCUUUACGUCCUUGACCGUUCAAACAUUCCUGGACUCUUGGCUGCAUACUACAUGCUGGCAUUCCUAUUUGGCUGUAACCCGCUGAUCAUGAGUUGGUUGAUUUCCAACACAGGUGGAACCACCAAGAAGUCAGCAGUCAUGAGUCUAUAUAAUGCUGGGGCGUCGGCGGGCAAUAUUAUCGGACCUCUUCUAUUUAAUGCGUCGGAUGCGCCAAAGUACCUUCCAGGUCUCUCUCGUGUCAUGGCGAUUGCCUGCACGCUCAUGGCUGUCAUUGGAUUACAGGUGAUAAAUCUGUUCUUCCUCAACCGUGUGCAGGAACACCGUCGUGAGCAGAAUGGAAAACCUCGCAAGAUUCAUGAUCAUAGUAUGAAUACUCGCUUUAUAGCAGCAGCGCCAGUUGAGGAAGAAGCAGUGAACACGAAUGUACUCGGAGAGAACGCCUUUUUGGAUAUGACAGAUAGGGAGAAUGAUGAGUUUGUCUAUGUGUACUGA